CAUAACAAGAUAAGUCCUCAAAGGGAUAUACGUUUCGAAGAUGGUGAAAGCUCAAAUCUGCAGAAGAGCCAGCAGACAGAUGUACCAUCUCCCUGUACCAUCACAACCAGCGAGGCUCCUAGGACUAGAAAAACCUCCUACUGGCAUUGUUGGCGUCUUUAUAACAAGAAAAAGCAGACCCAUGUCCCACAAGAUGUGGACGGGGUCACAAUCCAGUCACCCUCUGUGACAGAAAGGAGUUGUUGCACAAGUGAGAAGUCUCAGGGAGGAGAGACUAGUGUCCAGUUCAGGGCUUCACCUGUUCCUUACAGUCCUGUCUCUGCACACCAUGAGCUGCAUCUCCCAGCAGACAACAAAGAGGAGACUGAUGAGUCAGUCGAACAAUUCUCCACCACUAUACAAUGCACUGGUGAUUUUGGGGAUGUCGAAGAUGGAGCACUGGAUGGUUCUCCUGCCUCUUCCAGAGAAGGAGACUCCCAAACUGGCCAAAACAGCAGAGUGGAAGAUACUGUCUUGCCCUCUACUGUCUCAGCACAGAUCAUCAACAACCAAGAGGACUCAAAAGAAGGAGAGUCUGAUGUCCAAGACGACAUCCAACCUGCGUCUGAAAGUCACGACGUACCAGAAAAGAUUGAGGAGAAAGAACGUGUCUGCGUCCUGAACGACAUUUCAGGACAACUUGGAGUCCAGGUGGAAACUGCUCCUGAUGGUGGCACUCUUCCCUCAGUUGCCGCUGAGAAAGACUUACACACCAUGAAAGAAGACAGCGGAGAAGUAUUUCUGACCUCUUCUGCCACAGAAGAGAGUUUAAAGAGAACCGUGGAAGUAGCAAAUACGGAACCUGGACAUCAAGAUGUUUCCUGCACACAAUCUUCUCCUGAGUCAGGAAAAAAUGAGACUUUUAAAAGCAUAAAAAACAUGUGUGGGUUAAUCCUGUCUCAACUGUUUCAUAAGGCUGAAUUCAACCGUCCAGGACUCAACCACUCAGCAAAGCCUUCUUCAAGUACCAAGAAAACCAUCCCCAAACAGGAGCUGGUCUGCUUUGGGUUACCCAACAUGGGCAUGACUUGCUACAUGAACUCCAUCCUCCAAAGUCUCCUAAAUCUAAACUGCUUCGUUCAAGAGAUCCACAAGCAGCUGCCUGCGUGGCGCUUUCUCCCCGGAUCUCAGCUCUUCAGAUGGUUUCUAGAUAUUGAAGCCAGUCGCUUCACCAACAUCAGAGAGGACAAAAUGUUGGUUCUAUCCACUUUUAAAUGGACCGUCGCUGAGUAUAAUUCAGAUUUUGACGAUGACGAGCAGAAGGAUGCCCAUGAGUUCCUCGUUUGUGUUCUGGACAUAAUGAGGUCUGUGUCAUCAGAGGUUGAGCUGACAGCUGUAAACUCUGGCCUGACCUACACGUGCCCAGUCCGUGAACAUAUUACACUUCAGAUGUUAAACGUCAGAACCUGCAGGGGAUGUGGUGAGCAGUCCUAUAGAAUCGAGGACUUUGUUAACCUCAGUCUGGACCUGGUACCAGGGGGAACGGUGGGCCAGUGUCUGCAGGAGUAUCUCAAGGAGAACCAGAUAGAAUUCACAUGCCACUGUGGAGCGCAGCAGUCGUCCCUGCAGAGCUCUUUCUCCACCCUGCCGAAUGUGCUGAUCCUGCACCUGAAGCGCUUUAUAGUCACCAGGUCCUACACUGUCAACAAGAUGAAGAAUCCCAUCACUUUGUCAAAAGAACUUGUGCUGAAGGAAGAGUAUAUGGCCAACAGAAAUACGACAGCUCGUUAUUCUCUGGUGAGCGUCGUCAGCCACAUGGGCUCCAGUGCUGACAGUGGUCAUUACAUCUGCGACAGUAUCUACGGAAGGCCGGAUAUGGGGGAUUCAGCCAACCUUUGGCUAACAUAUAAUGAUGAGCGUGUUAGCCAAACAACAGCAGAAGAUGUCUGUCGCCGCAGAGAAACAACUGCUUUCCUGCUGUUCUAUGAAAAACAGGGUAAGAGAUUGAUUUGGGUUUCACAGCUACAGUUUAUUAGCUGCAGUUCUCUGACAUGCUUGCAUUAGUAAUCAGUGCUACCCAGGAGAUGGUUUUGCAUACUUAAAAUGUUCUUAAAUCCAGUAAAUCUGAAUGUAUUUGCGU